CCGACGCGAUCUGAUCUGCUUGCUGGUGUUGUGUGUUGUGAGUGCCCGCCGAGCCAGUGUCUGACGCCGAAAGAAACCACGCGAGCGAUGCUGCUGCACCCGCCUGCGCGCCGCUAAACUACAGCCGCGUCUGCCGAGUGGCGAGAUGGCGGCGUGGCCACUGCUGGUGUCGGCUGCAGCUCUGGCGUCGCUGUGGAACUCGUGCGCAUGCGCAGCUUCCGCCCCCUCCCCACCGUCGCCUGCCCACGACUUCCGCUUCAUCUCGUACGAGGACCUGCUGAGCGCGGCGGACCGGUUCAGCGACCCCGCGGGCCGCGACUUCUCGCAGCUGCUGUUCGACCCGGCGCGCCAGCAGCUCCUCGUGGGCGCCAGGGAUGCACUGUACCGACUUGCAAUUCCUGAUCUGCGGCAGCUGGAAAAAGCAGACUGGCCGGCACCUGCAAACAAGACUGCUCUCUGCCAGGCCAAAGGACAGACGGAGUACCAGUGCCACAAUUUUGUCCGCGUCCUGCUACGCAAUGGCAAGCGGAUAUUUGCCUGUGGCACAAGUGCCUUCUCACCACAGUGCACCUGGAGGGAGAUUGAGAAUUUGAAUAAUGUACUUGAAUGGGUGAAAGGAGUUGCAAAAUGUCCAUUCAGUCCCACGUACAAUAUUACUGCCUUGAUGACCCAAAAUGGUCAGUAUUUUGUGGGAAGUCCUAUGGAUUUCUCAGGAGCAGAUCCAGCAAUCUACAGGAGCCUUGGAGCUGGCUCUACCACACUUCGGACCAAUCAGUACAACAGCAAGUGGCUGAAUGACCCACAAUUUGUGGGAUCUUUUGAGAAAGACAAUUUUGUAUACUUUCUCUUUAGAGAAAGUGCUGUGGAAUACAUUAAUUGUGGAAAGAUAGUGUACUCACGCAUAGCAAGAGUCUGCAAGAAUGAUAGUGGUGGACAGCUAAUGUUAAAGGACAAUUGGACAACUUUUGUCAAAGCUCGACUUAAUUGUUCUAUUCCUGGUGAAUAUCCAUUCUAUUUUGAUGAAAUUCAGGGAAUGUCAUACGUUGAAGAGGAAGAGACAAUAUAUGCAACUUUCACAACUCCUACAAACAGCAUUCCUGGAUCAGCCAUAUGUGCAUUCAAUAUGACUGCUGUGGAAGCAGCAUUUUUAGGCCCAUUCAAACACCAAGAUAAGCCAGGAUCUGCAUGGGAGCGACACCACAAUCAACACAAACAGUUGCUAGAAUGCCAGGCUGCCCCACAUUCUCACUUGCUACUGGAUUCCUCGCGCUACCAACUGAUGGACAGUGCUGUGCAGCCAGCUACAACAAAGCCACUCUACACAGGACAGCUUGAGACACUCACCCACAUAGCAAUACAUGUGAUUCCCACCAAGCUACACAGAGCUGUGCAUAUAAUUUACGCUGCAACCUCUGAAGGACUUGUCAAGAAGAUAUCAGUUUUACCAAGAACACAGGAAACCUGUGUUGUAGAAAUAUGGAAACCAUACCCGGGGAAUACAGUAGUACCGAUAAAGGCACUUCAUUAUCUAAAAUCAGCUGACUCUGUAUAUAUUGGCUCUGAUAAUGGCAUUAUUAGGAUUUCUGCGCAACACUGUUCUAGACUGACAAAUAAGGCUGCUUGUUUGAAUGCUAUGGAUCCAUACUGUGGAUGGAAUGAAAUUCUCGAGAAAUGUGAGACAGCCCCUAAUGAUAAUCCUCUCACUCAUCACUGGCAGCAAAGUGUCACACAGUGCCCUGUACUCACUGCUCCAGUGGACGGAGGUUGGAGCAGUUGGUCAAGCUGGUUCCCGUGCUCACAUUCUGGAGAAACCGAGUCAGGGGAUGAAUGCUUGUGCAGCUCACGGCAAUGCAACAAUCCUGCCCCUCAGAAUGGGGGCUCUCAGUGUGUCGGCACAUCCAUUCGAGUAACGAACUGCACAGUGCACGGUGGAUGGACAGCCUGGUCAGCUUGGUCAGCUUGUUCUCAGACAUGUGGAGUGGCUGUCAAGACACGGCGUCGCAUCUGUGGUAAUCCUGCACCAGCCCACGGAGGGAGAGUGUGUGUUGGGCAGGAUCGUAGUGAAAUUUACUGCACUUCAAACCCACCGUGUCCUGCUUUGACACUGCCUCCCAGGGAUGGCCAGUGGAGUGCCUGGGGAGAAUGGGAGGAGUGUUCUGUUCCAUGCGGUGGAGGUUUCCGAACGAGGAGGCGACUGUGUAACAGUCCUCCACCAGAGAACGGAGGUCGGGACUGCCAAGGGUGUAAUCUUGACUUUGAGACAUGUAAUAUGCAUGCUUGUCAAGACAGCAAGAGAUUCUCUACGUGGACUCCUUGGUUGCCUCUUAGUAGCCUUGCAGCAGAGACAGGCUAUGUGGAGAGAAGGUUCAGAUUCAUUUGCAAGGCUCCUGUGUCUGAUCCCACACAUAUCAAGAUAUCUCAACACAAAGAAGAGGAGAGAUUCUGUCAUCUCAAUGGUUCAUGCUACAGAACUGGCAGAGGUGAGUCUGAUGACUUGUGGUCUGAGUGGUCUGGCUGGUCACCUUGUUCAGAAGAAUGUGGAGGUGGACAGCAACACAGGACAAGGGUCUGCGAGGACAAGCCAGAAAACUGUGAAGGGUUGUCACGCAUGUCUCGACAGUGCAACACUCACAAAUGCAAAGCGGAAUGGGGCUGCUGGUCAGAGUGGUCUGGAUGUUCUGCAACGUGUGGACAAGGUCUGCGGCAGCGUACUCGCAUCUGCCUAAGUGUCAGCAACAGAGCACAGGUUGACUCAGGCUGUGACGGACCUUCUGUCAGCCAGGAGCCUUGUGAGCUGAUGAGCUGUGAAUCACUUAUGGGAUGGGAAUCGUGGUCAGUUUGGUCUUUGUGUGAUGAUGCUGGAGAGCAGCACAGACGCAGAAAAUGUCAGACAACGAACCCUGGACCUCAGCUGUGCCAGGGCCAUGAUCAGGAGACAAGAAUGUGUGUUCAGACAACUGAAAAUGAUCUCAACCCACUUGGUGUUCAGAGCAGCCUUGACCUCAAGAAAGCUGAAUCUCUGUCUGUUGGAGUUAUUCUAGGUUCUUGUGUAGCUGCCUUCAUACUGGGUGUAAUUCUGGCUGCUGCGGUUAGCUAUUAUUACCAGAAGAGGCGAAGACCGCGGAUACCUGGCAGCCCACAUUACAUUUCAUCGAAGCAAAAUCCUUAUGUUACAGUGCCACUAAAGGAAACAAGCAGCCAUUCAAAGCGGGCACCUUCAAAUAGUAGCAAUGGCUCCACCAGCAGUCCUCAUAGGAGUGCAAGUAACCCUAGUGGAGGUAUCUCACUGGGUACACCAAAGCUGUUCUCAAAACCAGCAGUUGAGUAUGAAACUGCAACUAUAAAAAGGAACAGUCAUAGCCUAGCAAAUGGGCAAAUACGAGCUGAUCUGGAUCAGCAGGACAAAUUCUUCUGACUAAAUACAAAGUGAAUCAUUUCUCUGAUGCGAUAACAGAGAAAUUGUUUGGGAUGAAGUGAAUUUCUGUUUCAGCGUGCAAGCAACAUAAUUUAACAGUUUUUCACACGUGUGUGUGUGUGUGUGUGUGUGUGUGUGUGUGUGUGUGUGUGUGUGUGUGUGGAUGGGUGUGGGUGCGUGUGCACGCACUAGUGCAUGCCCACUUCUGUUUUUCAUACAGUGACUUGAAUGUUAUGGAGGAUUAAGUACAUGAACAUUUCAUCUCGAUUGUGACAACUACCCCCUCAAGAUUUCAGUGCAUCUGACACACUGCUGGUGCUAAUAAAUGACUUCUAAAGUUGUUGACUGCUGAUGAAAUGUCUGUUUUUCAGUAUUUCAAAAAAGAAACAAUGGUUCCUUCAAAUGUAUGUACAUAAAAUAAAUGACUUGAGCGGACACUUGUUAUAAGUGGUAUCAAACUGUUCUAUAACAAUGUUAUGGAUGGUGACAGAAUUUACAAGUCCCACAAAGAGAUUAUCUGGUGAUAUCUUAAGUGUAGACUGCAUAUGGAAGUCUUAUCUUCAUACUUUGUGCCAAUGAACUGUUUCUUGUUAUAAGUGUGUAUAUAUGUACAUAUCUUCAUUUGAUAAAUUGACAAAUUCUGAACAGAAUGUUAUAAAUAUUUGUAUAUUUUGUGUAAAUAGUAUUAAGAGUUUUAUUAUUUUCAUAAGACUUUACACAUAUCAGUAAAUUUCCAGACUUUUUUUUAUAAAAGACAUUAUACAGCAACAAAAUUAAUAUGGCUCCACUGUUAUUGUUAACCUGCUGUGUUGCCGUCUUCUCGUGCAUUCCUGCGACAGAAAAAGACAAUUAUCUUUAGAAAUUUAUUGUUCGUUUGAUCCCAAAUGUUAAAAAUUUUUCUGUGAUAUUCAUAGCAUUUUAUAUAUUUGUCACAUAUGGCUAUUUAUAUUCUCAUGCAGUUGCAGGAAUUUUUUAAACAAGGCUGCAAACUAUUGUAGAUACUUUUACAGCACAAUGAACAAGGUCUAAACCCUUCUCUAUAUUCCUUAGAAUAUUUCAACAUCACAGAGAAUUUUAAAUCUAACAUUCCCUGCAGACACUAGCAAAAAAAAAUUACAGAUGUAAUGCAAUGGGAUAUUCUACUGAAAUAUAUUUUCCGUAAUAGCUCAAUAUGCAAAAAUUACAUACGUAAACAUGAAAUAAAGUCACACCACUCAUCACAGUAAUAUACAUCCACAAUGAUUCAUGAAAAUUAUUAUCAUGAAGUGACAGUGAGAAUUUGUAUCAGUCCAGGAGACACAUUUGGAGAACCAAAUGAUUAAGGAAGCUAAUAAUAAAAGCAGGAAAUCAACAUUGGAGUCACAGUCAUGAUAUAAAUUUUCAUGUGUCUCUCUAGAUUUAUGAGUAGCAGUUAUUGUCUGUUGUUUUAUCGUCUCCACCAUCAGUGUUACUCAAGGAUAGAGAUGAACACAGCUGUUACUGACGUAUAAUAUUGUGAGAGCUGGCAAUAUAUCUUCACUUGUGUCAUACUAAAAACUCCAAAAGUCAGCCUGGUAUUUCAACAGCUAUGUUCAGUAUAUUACACAACUAUGUGUUUCAUCUUUGUUUAAUACUGUACUUAUCUAUAUUACUAAAAUUGCUAUCAUUCCCAGUUAUUUGGAAACAUUUUUCUCAAAAGUAACAAGGAAUUGAGAAACCGUCGAAAACCAAAUAGUGUAGAGUGGUGAUUUUUCAUAAUAAUGAAAGAAAAAAGAUAAAUAAUAAACAAUUGUGACACAUACUCUAAAUUUGUUUUUCGCAAGUUGUAAAGGAAAUGAUUUGUAAUUGUGAUGGUAUAUAAUAGUUCUGAACCUCAUUAGCGUUUCUGUCCACAAAGACAAAAAAUACAUCUUAAGCUGAAAAACAGGAUUUCAUGAACUAAUUUUGUCUUUUGGGUUUGACUGUUCUGCUCUUUUAUUCUUUACAAAGUAUUACUGCAAACUGUCAUUAUAUUCUGGUUUUUGGAUUUGAUAUGAAUUCUCUACAAUACAUUAAUGGAUAAGAUGUUUACUAAAUAAUUUGACACAAGUUCAUAACAGACAAUUUAAGCUUUAUAUCAUAGCAGUAAUUCAUGAUAGAGAAAGCAAUUUGUAUGUCAGGUCAUUAUUUCCAGAUUAUGCAGUUUAUACGUAAAAUGUAUUCUGACAAUCACAGCAUAAAUUUCUCUAACAACUAUUUUAUACAAGAAUUUUUAUAUGUUUGUCAAAUAGUGUGGUACAGAAUUGAUCUGUAUAUCAUUCUUGCUUUUUAACUAUGGUUAUGUCUAACUGCAGGGUCCAGUAUCUUUUAAGCUAAAAGAGGCAACAUCAGAUGUACAUAGUUGUAUUAAUAAUCUAUGUGACUCAUAUUGAGUCUGAAAAAUGAACUUAUUUUUAAAUAUUUUAUUAAUAAAUAAUUAUAAAAUAUAA